AGGAUCAACACGGUCCUGGACAACUCGCCAGUGUACUCAUCAAAUGAACACUGACCCUCUCCCAUGCUUGAUGAUCUAGAGUCCGCAUCUCAGAGCGAGUCGUGAAAAGGUAUGAGCGAUCACGAUGAGGACGGGCAUGCUGUUUCGGCUACAAUAGGCCGGGACGAAGCAGCGUGGCAUUUCGAAUCGAAGGGGAACCAUCGCAACUUUGGAUUUGCAUAUGAUCCGACGAUUGACUGCCCCCUCAAGAUUGGAGUUUCCACAGGCGCAUACAUCAGCACCGUCAGCUCUCAAUCCGCGCUUGUCAUCAUCGACAUGCAGAACUACUUCCUCUCUGAUGCGAUGGGGCGAGCUCGAGGUGCAGGCCAUGUCGCAGCCGAAAAUUUGAUCAGAUACGCCAUCCCAGCCGCGAGGAAAGCGGGAAUUCGCAUCGUGUGGUUGAAUUGGGGGCUAACGGAUGAAGACAUGGAGACCAUGCCGCCGGCUGUGAGCCGGUGCUUCGGUUUUGUCGGCCGUGCUGGCCACCACCUAGACCAGCACGUAGUGUUAGACCGGCACGGCUUUCUGAGGACGGAUCGCACAUACGGAGGCCUUGGCUCCGAGAUGGGUCGAGUCACCAUUUCGGCGGCUGAAGGCGGUCCCAAAGAAAUGGAUGCUGGCCGGCUUUUGUAUCGUGGCUCCUGGAAUGCAGCCUUAUUUCCACCGCUAGCGCCACACUACAGGCCCGGCGAAGGCGAUGCGUGGAUACAUAAGAACCGCAUGUCAGGAAUGUGGGGUUCUGAUUCGCUGCUGCAGAAAUAUUUGCAGCAUAACCGUCUGACGACAUUGUUCUUCGGCGGCGUUAACACGGAUCAGUGCGUCGGUAGCACGCUUAUGGACGCAUUCAGCCUUGGAUACAAUUGUAUCCUGCUUAAAGACGGGUGCGGUACGACUAGUCCACAGUAUGCGCAUGAUGCUUGGGAAUUCAAUUGCGAGAACUCCUUUGGAUUUGUGACAACAUGCCAAAGUCUCUGGGAAGCAGUUUCACAUCAGCUGUCAAGAGAUGGAUCUUCUCAACCAUCUUGACUGGCGUUGAACUUUUUGGUUUUCAAUUUUUUUUUCUAUAUUCAUUUUCAUGAUUUUCAUUUUACUUUUUUUAUUGCUUGCUUGCUUUAUCAUUGCUCUUACCUUGAGGGAGACAUGAGAUCACAAUGAGACUCGAAUACGUACGUUAAGUGUCUGAGGAUGACCCUGUCUGUAGAUCGAAUCUUGAG